AUGGCUUUCACAACCUCAAUCCUAGCUGAAAUGAAGAACAAGGUUUUGUUUAUAUUGGGUGCAACAGGAACUAUGAAAACUAAACUUUCCAUCAACUUGGGUAGUCGUUACCCCGCUGAAAUCAUCAACUCGGACAAAAUUCAAGUUUAUAACGGUCUUGAUAUUGUCACAAAUAAGAUUGAUUCUACCGAAGUCUUUGAGGCCCUUCUGAAGGGAGAAGAUUAUAAACAUUUGCAUCAAGAGAAGGUGAAGGUUCCUUUGUCACUUAAGGAGUUUAGGCCGAUUUCCUUGUGGGGUAGUUUGUACAAACUCCUUGCUAAGGUGUUGACCGAGAGGUUGUCUAAGAUUUCAAAUCCAAAAAAACUCAUGGCUUUCACUACCUCAAUCCUAGCUGAAAAGAAGAACAAGAUUUUGUUUAUAUUGGGUGCAACAGGAACUGGGAAAACUAAACUUUCCAUCAACUUGGGUACUCGUUACCCCGCUGAAAUCAUCAACUCAGACAAAAUUCAAGUCUAUAAGGGUCUUGAUAUUGUCACAAAUAAGGUGCCGGAAUCUGAACGUUGUUCGAUUCCGCAUCACUUAUUAGGCAUCAUCGAUGAUCCUGAAUAUGAUUUUACUAUGAACGAUUUUUGCAAGAACGUGCUUGAAUCCAUAGAUCUCAUAAUUGGCAAUGGACGCCUACCUAUUAUUGUAGGAGGGUCCAAUUCUUAUAUAAAAAAAUUGGUUGAAGAGCCAACCAUUGCUUUUCUUUCAAAAUAUGACUUUUUCAUUUGGGUAGAUGUGUCUUUGCCUACUCUAUUUCAAUAUGUAGGGAAAAGAGUUGACGAAAUGGUUGAGUCAGGGAUGGUUGAUGAGAUUCGAGAAUAUUAUGCACCUGGGGCAGACAACUCAAAGGGAAUUAGAAGGGCUAUUGGGGUUCCUGAGCUUGAUUCUUUUUUUCAAAUAGAAAAGAAAAAUGACAUUGAUGAUGCUCAAAAGGAAAAGAUACUGGCCGAAGCUAUCAGAAAAACCAAACAGAACACUUGCAUAUUGGUUCAAAAUCAACUCUUGAAGAUCAAGAAUAUGGCUCAAAUCCUUGGGUCGAUGGUAUACAAGAUUGAUUCUACGGAAGUCUUUGAGGCCCUUCUGAAGGGAAAAGAUCAUAAACAUUUGCAACAAGAGAAUGUAGUUAAGCCAAGCAUAGAGAUAGUGAAAAGAUUCCUAGAGGAGACACCUGUUGGAUUUGAAUAUGAAAAAUAUUCAAAUGAAAAUGGGAAACAUGCACUCAAUGGUGUUUCAAACAUUCGGGCAAAAAUUAUAUAA